CGAGGCCCGACGUUGUUUGCCGCUCUUUACUCCCACGAGCUCGUUCUCUUUCACACGAUAGUCUCACGACCUUAGGUAGGUAGGUAGUCCUCCCUAUCUUCCUACUUGGUUCCCCGCUGCCUCUGCAGUCUUGCACCCGUCAAUCUGUCGGCCCGUUGUUGCUCUGCCUGCUGCCAGGCCCCCAACUAGUCGCCAUGGCCGGCCUUGAACCCCUUGCGGCGCUGAGCCUGGCAUGCAACGUGUUCCAGAUCGUCGGAAUCGGGAGGGAGAUCAUCACCACAUCUCGCCAGGUCUUUCACACAGGAGCAAUCGACAGCAAUGCCAUCCUAACCGACAAAGCAGCCCUGCUCGACAAGAUCGCGACCGAGGUCCAUGCCGCCUGCGUGGCAGCAACCGCCAACAACGCAACGCAGCCCGGGCUCGAAAAUGACCUACUUGAGGUGUGCCAAAAGUGCCAGACUGUCUCACGCGCCCUCGUGGAUGGGGUGAGCCGCCUGACAGGCCCGGCCGCGGGUGGCAGUCGUGUCACGGCCGUGAGGAUUGGCAUAAAGAGCUUCUGGAACAAGGGAGAACUGAAGAUCUUGGAGGAAAAUCUCCACGCAGUGGAAAGCUUAAUGAAUACAGGGAUGAUGGCCCAGAUCUUGAAAAGAAUCGACAGUUCCAACAUCCAGCUCGACAGUCUCAGCCAAAACCAUCAAGAGUUCGUGCGCGAAUACAAACUAGGGCAACGCAGCCUCACCAAUCUUGUCUCCUCCGAGGCUGUCGCAAUCCGCGGUGCUGUCUCGGCAGAGAGCCAGAGAUCUGAAGCCGGGGUCAAGCAGCACAUAACACAGGAGAUCAGUCGAUCGAGCCACGAACUUGCUGUUCAGAUCAGUGCGGUGGCGCGCGAGUCUACACACCAAGUGUUGAAUGGGGCAGAGAACUUCCAUUUAGACGCUGCUCUCGAGGCCAAGAGAGACCGUGUUCUACAGAGCCUCAGGUUUCCGGAAAUGAACGGACGCAAGAACAGCAUAGACCCCGAGCACAGGCACACCUUACAGUGGGUCUUAGGCGAGAAGGAGCACCUCGCCACUGACUGGGACAGCUUUCCUGGAUGGCUGCGCUCGGAUGUCAAGAUCUACUGGAUCAGUGGCAAGCCUGGGGCGGGGAAGUCUACUCUCCUCAGCUAUCUCUUCCACAAUCCAGAAACCCAACGUCUCCUUGAUUCAGGAAGACCCAACACUCUACGGGUCUCACACUUCUUUUGGCGCGCCGGAUCAGAAAUGCAGCAAAACUUCAAAGGCCUUCUAUGCUCGCUAGUGUUCCAGCUGGUCGAACAAGACACGGGAUCCCUCGUCUGUUUGCUAGAACAAACACCCGGAAUUUCUGCCAAACGCUCGGACUCGGACUGGUCCGUCCGGGAGCUUCAACGAUCUCUCCUGGCGCUGUUGAACAAAUACUCCCGACCUGUCUGCAUGUUUCUCGACGGCGUCGAUGAAGUCAAAUCCAGCGACGAACAAUUUGCGGUGAUGGACUUCAUCGACGAGCUAGAGCACAUCCCCAGCUUGAAGAUUUGCGUCUCCUCCCGCCCGGAACCCACACUCAAGAGUCGCCUGGGUCGGUUCCCACAGCUCAAAGUCCACCAUCUCAACCGUAAUGAUAUUUAUGCAUACGCGCAUGAGCGCCUCGGUGUUGGCAGCAGAACAGUUCCCGGCUCUCUGCUGGACUCCUCCCUGGUUGAUGGGCUUGUAAGAAAGGCCGAGGGCGUCUUCCUGUGGAUCCGACUUGCCGUCACCAGCAUCAAGAGAGGCAUGGAACACGGGACCUUGGCGACCCGCCAGGAUGUUGCGGAGAGAAUCGGCGUUCUCCCAUCAAGAAUUGAAAGUAUGUGCGAGGAUAUGUGGGCAAGACUUGGCGACGACAGGCGAGUCUACAGGGAACGAGCAGCAUUCUACCUCAAUGUGAUUCUCAAAACCGUUCUGAAUCCAUAUCUUCGGCGCCACGUACCAAUCACUCCACUUCAUCUCCUCCUCGCUUCCAAGCCAGACCUUAUCCCCAGCCUUGACAUGUUGGAGUCCGAUGAGCAGUUCAAGGCCACGAUGGACCUCCUCCAUGAAAACCUCAAAUGGCUUAAGUCAGAUGUCGAAGCGACAUGUGUGGGAUUUAUAGAGCUGAGAACAAAUACUCACUGGCCACGAUUCAUCAUCUACCCAUGGGGAGGGGAUUGUCACUUUUUUUCGGAUGUGAACGAAAGCACCACCUUCGAAUUCGGGCAUCGAUGUUUCCUCGAUUUUUUCAUCGAGUCCACUUCAGCUCAAGCCAUCCUCGCACACGCCCAGCUAUCGAUAUUGCAAGUAUGGAUCAGAACACUGAAGGCAACAGCGGCCGCCUGCUCUUUAUUCCUCUUCGUUCCCGACGCCAGCCGUCUCGCCGGCAUCCGGGUUGGUGAGGAGGGCCCCAGCAGCCUGAUGUCACAUCUAGGUCUACUGAACAGUACACCAGCCCAAGAUCCGUCUCCUACAGACAAGCUGAAGGUCACGCCACCCCUAAAUCAAGAACUGCAGCAGGCAUUUCAGAGCCUGCAGCAACUUUUUCACUCCCAGCGUCUAUUCGCAAUCGUUCCGCCGGAUAAACGCAGAAGUCGCGGCCACAGAUUCCCAAGAGACUUCAUCACCCGGGGCUUGUUUUGUGGGCCGGAGGAGUUUCUUAUGUUGGCAGCAGGCUGGGGAGACGAAAGAAUUAUCGGCUACAUCACCGAAGAACUCCACUCGAGGCGGAUAUCUCGUCCAGAUCUUUCACAGCUCCUACUGUACACGGUUGCGGGGCUCUCGCCCUGGGAUGAACACACAUUGAAAGCACGGAGGGACUUGGUGAGGUUUCUGCUGGAUGCAGGAGCUGACCCAAACGCUGCAGGCUCUUUUCCUUUCGACUUCUACACCCUGACAUCGAUGCCGAUGACCAGGCAACUGUGGCCGAUGAUGACCCCUCUCGUCAGUGUUUUGACGCAACCUAUUUACCGGAAAGUGGGGGAAUACUCAGACGAGCGCGUCCUCCACACACUCGGAACGAUUACAAGCCUUUUAGAGCACGGGGCAAGCUCUCAAGACCUCGUUUUCUUUUCCGUUGCCGAAAUUCAGCGGGGGUUAACGCCCGUAUUUAGACUUCACAAGGUGAAAACUGCGGAGGAUCUCCAUGCCGUCUUCGCCGUUCCCGCAAAGUUGAUACUAAAUAUACUCCUCGAUCACUGCCGGAGCCAGCGCGCCCGCAUUCGUGGCAGCCCCGAGCUCGAACAGGUCGAGAGAGUCGUCCUGCGGCUUCCGAAAAUGGAGUCCCAACAAAGUCCGAUUCUUUUCAGUCCGCAGCUCUUCGACAAGGAGACACCCCCAAUCUGCGUGGAGAUUACCAAUCAAGGAGACCGAGAGUUUCUAUUCGAAAGGAUCACUGGCGUGCUGUCUACGACGCUUUUUCUGGAUCCAAGUGAGGGUGAACACGGGGAGGCUAUCGUGCAACUCCGUGAGGCCUUCAAAGACGUAUCCUCACGAGGAACGGAUACCGGCAAGACCAUGGAGACCAGGCUGAUAGAGCUUGGCCUUGCCGUGAGGGCGAAAGAUGUAAUGGAUCUCAGGACAUGAUCACGGGGAUCUUUGCGAUAUACCGGAAGGGGAUAGGCUGGGGGAAUUUUUUUGCUACCAGGCUGGCAAGCUAGCACUCAAAACGUGUGUGAAAGGCCGGUGAUAGCGUCGGUGCCCAUUGCAUCAAAGUUUUCCCCACUCUAUCCGGCUCUCUGGCGCUUAGCUUGCCUGAGCGGGUAGAGGUUCUUGUACCGUUUACUGCACUUUCUCCUGUUCUUUCUGCACAGGCUGUACUUGAUGUGUUUCCUGCGUCUCCUCUUGCUCUUUCUCCUCCAUCUUCUCUUGUACCCCCUGCACAGGCCGUGCUUUCUGUAUCUUCUCCCGUUCGUUCUGGGUAAUUUGCACACGUUGAGGCUCCACCACCUUUUCCAGCUCCUUUAACCCAGGUUGCUUGUUGUGACUUAGUUCUAAUUUCUCUAUUUUUAUCUGCUCCGCGUUAUCCUUGCUGUUCUGCCUCCGCCUCCGCCG